AUGGGGAGGGCCCUUCUCCUCCUGGGGCUGAACCCCGUCUCCGCCUUCCUCCAGGACCAGCACUGCGAGAGCCUAUCCCUGGCCAGCAACAUCUCUGGACUGCAGUGCAAUGCAUCCGUGGACCUCAUUGGCACCUGCUGGCCCCAGAGCCCCGCGGGGCAGCUGGUGGUUCGGCCCUGCCCUGCCUAUUUCUACGGUGUCCGCUACAACACCACAAACAACGGUUACAGAGAGUGCCUGGCCAACGGCAGCUGGGCCGCCCGCGUGAACUACUCAGAGUGCCAGGAGAUCCUCAGCGAGGAGAAGAAGAACAAGGUGCACUUCCAUCUUGCUAUCAUCAUCAACAACCUGGGCCACUGCGUCUCCCUGGUGGCCCUCCUGGUGGCCUUUGUCCUUUUUCUGCGGCUCAGGAGCAUCCGGUGCCUCAGAAACAUCAUCCACUGGAACCUCAUCUCGGCCUUCAUCCUGCGCAAUGCCACGUGGUUCGUGGUCCAGCUCACCAUAAGCCCCGAAGUCCACCAGAGCAACGUGGGCUGGUGCAGGUUGGUGACAGCCGCCUACAACUACUUCCACGUGACCAACUUCUUCUGGAUGUUUGGGGAGGGCUGCUACCUGCACACGGCCAUCGUGCUCACGUACUCCACCGACCGGCUGCGCAAGUGGAUGUUCAUCCUCAUUGGCUGGGGUGUGCCUUUCCCCAUCAUCGUGGCCUGGGCCAUUGGGAAGCUGUACUACGACAAUGAGAAGUGCUGGUUUGGCAAAAGGCCUGGGGUUUACACCGACUACAUCUACCAGGGCCCCAUGAUCUUGGUCCUGCUGAUCAAUUUUAUCUUCCUUUUCAACAUCGUCCGCAUCCUCAUGACCAAACUUCGGGCGUCCACCACGUCUGAGACCAUUCAGUACAGGAAGGCUGUGAAGGCCACUCUGGUACUGCUCCCCCUCCUGGGCAUCACCUACAUGCUGUUCUUCGUGAACCCCGGGGAGGAUGAGGUCUCCCGGGUCGUCUUCAUCUACUUCAACUCCUUCCUGGAGUCCUUCCAGGGUUUCUUCGUGUCUGUGUUCUACUGUUUCCUCAACAGCGAGGUCCGCUCUGCCAUCCGGAAGAGGUGGCACCGAUGGCAGGACAAGCACUCGAUCCGCGCCCGGGUGGCCCGCGCCAUGUCCAUCCCCACCUCCCCAACCCGUGUCAGCUUUCACAGCAUCAAGCAGUCCACAGGGGUCUGA